AUGACGGUCAUCAGAAAAUUCCUCGCCUGUGCUUCUGCCGGAUUGGUUGCCUUUGGCUGUGUCGCCAGUGCCCACCCGGUAUCAAUACCUUUUCACAAAAGGGAUGCCCACCCAUGUCCUUUGGGGAGUGAGGAGCUUCAUCAUCAGCACAGCAGACGUCAGGCCGGUGCGCCGGCACUAACCGAUCUCGACAUCUUGCAAUUGUAAGUUUUUUUACUCGAUUGAGGCCAAGUGGGACGCGGAGCUAAAUGCAUGAACCCUAGUGCCCUGACCCUCGAGCACUUAGAGGCAGCAUUUUACAAGCAGGGAUUCGAAAAGUUUCCUCCAUCGGAAUUCAUGGCGUUGGGCUUGGACCAGGAUCAGAUUGAUGGGCUAGUGCAGAUAGGGAAGACUGAAGCUGCACAUGUUACCGCUCUUAUGGCUGCGGUUGCCGGUGCCGGAGCUACUCCCGUGUCACCGUGCACCUACGAUUUCAAGUUCACCGACGCGAAGUCAAUGGUUGCGACAGCCAAGGUGCUUGAGGCGGUAGGCGUGAGCGCGUAAGCCCCCCCCCUUUCAUGCCUUCAAGUGAUGCGGCAGCGCCCCGCCCUAACGUUUUGAGCAGAUAUCUCGGAGCAGCCCCACUUGUCAGCGACAAGAAGAUAUUGUCGGCAGCAGCCUCAAUCGUCACCAUCGAGUCCCGCCAUCAGACCUUCAUCCGCACUGCUCUGCGUGAGGAUCCCAUUCCGCAGGCAUUCGACGCUGCGGUCGGCGCCCGCCAGAUCUUUACACUGGCCGCCUCAUUCAUUACUUCUUGUCCCGCCGGCUCCGCACUGCCGCUCCAGGCAUUCCCGUCCUUGAACAUUGUUAACGCUGCUAGCGUCAGGCCAGGAUCUACCUUGACCCUUGCCGAUACCACCGCCUUCCCCGAUGGAACAACUUUCUGCUCGUUCACCGCUGGAGAGACUGGAACAUUAUUUACCCCGCUCUCGGGGGGGAGUUGCACGGUUCCUCCGGAAUUGGGUGGGGAGGUCUACGUAACGCUUACAUCGAGCAACGUGGCAUUGACAGAUGACAAGAUCCUCGCUGGG